AUGGAGAAUCAACUUAACGGAACCAAAUGUAGAGAUAAUUAUUUGAAGAUUAACGUGGAGAGGCAUAGGCGAAGGGAGGCUGUGAUCAAGGCGGCUCCAGAAAAAAACCCGCCACUCGAAAACCUGAAGGUUCCGUCAACCGUCAGUAAUGCUAAUAGAGGUGGAUUUCGAGAUGGGAGAUCUUUUGCAAAGUGGUUGGCUUCGAAAUUACUGUAUGGGGAAGCAAAAUCAGUUCACCAUCUGGGUCACAUGAAGGAAAUCAUAUCCAUCCAUUAUGACGAAUGGAUAGAUGUGAAAUACACAGGUGGACUUAGAGUUCUUCUGAGGUUUGCUCAUACUGAAUCCGCUCAGAAUUUCCUACUCGAGGAAGAAAAUUGGAAAGAAUGGUUCAAUUGCUUAACUAGAGAUGAGUCUCAUAUUGUAGGAUUCAAGAGGAUGGCCUGGAUUAAAGUUGUGGGUUUACCUAUUAAACACUGGUGUGAAGCAAAUUUUAGAAUUAUCAUUGCAAGGUAUGGUCAAAUCAUGAUUCCCUUUGAUGAUUAUAUGCAUAGAGAUGACAUAUCCUGUAUUCGGGGAUUGGUAUCCUCAGGAGUAAAGAAAAACAUUAAUGAUGAAGUUACAGUACAGACUAGGGGUGAGCUUCUGACGAUAGGUAUCGUUGAAUUUGAGAAAACCUUCUCAUUCGAUGAAGAAGAACAAACGUUUGUCUCUAAUUCUGGAUUAAGGCAUGACAAAAGGAACGGGGUGGAAGAAGAGGUAGGGGAAAAAGACAAGGAUACACUGGCAUCAAAUACCAAUGAAAUGGAAGAAGGAGAAACCACCAGUCGAUACUGGGAAUGUCACUGUUAA